AUGAAAGGACUUGCACUUAAUGUGGCAAGUAAAUCCAGUUCAGAAAAGAUAAAGAAAGGUGUUCCACCUUUAAAAAACCUACCCAAGCCAAAGCCAGCUAAGGUACCGGUAGUUCCACCAAGGUCAGCCUCGUCUAAAGCUAAGUCAAAUCCAGCAAAGGCAAUCCCAUCUAAACCAGUCCUAACUAAGCCCAAGCCCGAUCGACUAAGGGCUAAGCCAGGAUCACCUGACCCAGACCUAAAGCCAAAGGCCAAAAUUUCGACUUCAAAACACGAUGUCAAAAUAGCUGGGAACAUAACAAGUUUGGCAUAUGAAUCGAGACAUCAACAAACUACUGAGGAAAUGGAACAGGCAUAUACUGACCCGAAUGAAAUUUAUGAAGAGAUGGGAUUCACUGAACCGAAGUAUACAAAAUGCGGAUUUUUCAUGAACCCUGCAUACACUGAGCUUGACCCACCAAAUAUCCCUACUUUCAGUCAUGAAUAUGCAAAACCUCCUGUCGAACACCCUCCUGCAAUUUUGGGUUGUAAAUCACAAACAACCACAGGAAAUAAACAACCUGCAAAAUCGAAUCCACCUUCACACUUAGGCAGUCAGUUGUCUGCAACCUCAGAUAGUAACCAACCUGUAGAAUCGGGAAGCAAUUCCCUUCUCUGCAAUCGUCGGCCUCCUCCUGUACCUGAUAGGCUGCCUUUAAGUCGCAACAGAUCUGCCAUACUCACCAACCCGCACUUGCCCAACAACGCAGUUGCAUUCCCUAACAGGGUUCUUCCUAAUGUUCCCAACAACCCGCCUCAGUUGCCUAGCAGAUUAAAAAGGCCCCACAGCAAGACUGACUUGUCCGUAAUACACAAGAGAAGGACUGCAUCAACUGACAGCCAGUCUCCCACGCCUAUGGUAACCAACAGCAACACUGCAUUACCAAUCAGCCAACCCCCUUCACUCCAGGCCUACCUCAUUCAGCCAACCAGCCAACCCCCUUCAAGUAUCCAACCAAGCCCCAUUCAGCCAACCCCCAUUCAGCCAACCAGCCAAACCCCUUCAAGUACCCAGCCAACCCCGUUCACUCCAGGCCAACCCCCUUCACUCCCUACCAACAAAAUGCCGGUACCCACACCCGAACAAAAAGAAGAAAUUUACGAAGCAAUUUCCAAAUAUCCAACAGAUUUAUCAAGUUUGAGCAUUACUGAUGUGAGCGCGUUAUUGAAUUACUUAGGAAUGCGAAAUUAUGUUGAAACAUUUGAAGCAGAGUUGAUAGACGGUGCUAUGUUGGCCAGCAUGGACAAAGAGAGUUUGGAAUCAUUGAAUUUAAUUCCAUUCCAUGUUACAAAAUUAAUGAAGUUUAUUGGAGGUUGGCGACCGAAUUCCAAAAUACGAUUAAAAAAAUGA